UCUAAAUAAUUUAUUGCAAUUCAGGAAAAAAUGGUACAAAAAUCUCAAAAGUUUCGCAAUAGAUUUAAAAAAGCUGUUACGGCUGGACCAAAAACUCUUACUGAUGCCUCAUGGAAGCAGGUGAAACUCAGUGGCCCAGUUAUAUCCGACGAUGGAGCUGAUUUAGCCGGGUUGAUUGGAUUGGAAGUUUUAGAAGGCUACGAUAGGAAACUAGUCAAAAGGGAAAAGAGAAAGAAGCUCACAAAAGAUCCCAUUUUGGGUGACGAUGACGGUGAACCGGAUUGGUCCGCAGAACGUAACACGAAACGUAAACGAAUUGACUCAGAUAGUGAUAGUGACGUAGAAAAUAAAAAGCGUCGAAAGAAGAAAAAUAAAAAAUCGGAACCAACCGAAGAACCCUUUUCUGAGGAAGAUUCGGGGUUCGAUGAUAAACCUGAGAGAAAAACGAACAUAAUCCGUGCAAAGGAAAUUAAAGAGAAAUCAAGUGAUUCGACACCGGGCAAAUUUGUUUUAUUGAGGGCGCCAGUAAAUAAGCAAAAAGAGCGAAAAACGGAGUCUAAGAAGAGCAAGAAUAAAGGAAAGGUUCAAACAAUUUCCAAGGAUGGGAUCACAAAUAAAAGAAACAUAGCAACAGAGUAUCAUAAAUGGACGGAGCUGGGUGUAUCAGAGCCGAUUGUUCAAGCACUUGCUGACAAGUGUUUUCGCAGUCCGACGGAGAUUCAAACCCUAUCUUUACCGGCUGCCAUCAUGGGUAAACGAGAUUUGCUUGGUGCAGCAGAAACAGGAAGUGGUAAAACUUUGGCAUUUGGAAUACCUUUGCUAGAAGGAAUCCUGAAACUAAAAGCGUCUAAAAAGGGUGAACCAUUUUUAAAGCCUAAUAAUAAACACAAGUCCCAUACUGAGAACAGUGAAGAACAUGAACUAACGCCACCUCCUGAAGAAAUGCUAUACUAUCCAGAACCGGUUGGUGUGGAUGCUAAACUGGCUGAACACCCAGAUAUGACCAAACCCUUGUUCGCUUUGAUAUUGACACCGACGCGUGAGCUCGCGGUUCAAAUUAACGAUCACCUGAAAGCUGUUGCCAAGUACACAGAUAUUCGAAUUGCAACCGUAUUUGGAGGGUUGGCAGCCGUGAAGCAAGAGAGAAUGCUGAAAAAGUGUCCGGAAAUUGUGAUUGCAACUCCAGGUCGUUUGUGGGAACUAUUACAAAGCGGAAAUUCGCAUCUCAGUAAAGUUUGUGGAAUCCGGUUUCUUGUUGUCGAUGAAACGGAUCGAAUGCUUGAAAAAGGGCAUUUUGACGAGUUAAAACAGUUACUGGAAAUGAUUAACCAAAACGAGGAAGCUAAACAGCGCAGGCGGAACUUUGUCUUUUCUGCCACGCUUACCUUCGAUCAUGAUUUGCCCGAACACAUAGCAGCGAAAGCUAAGAAGAACAGUAAAUCGGGCAUCUUUAAGGAAACACCUGGUCAGCGGUUGAACAAUCUUGUUCAGGUAAUUGGUAUGACGAAUCCAAAAGUAGUGGACAUAACGCAGCAACACGGCACUGCCCAUUCUCUCAUCGAAUCACGAAUUGUGUGUAAAGCAGACCAAAAGGAUUUCUAUUUGUACUAUUUCCUGAAGCGCCACCCAGGACGAACGUUAGUCUUUUGCAAUUCAAUCGAUUGUGUCAAACGACUGGUUUCACUGCUCGGAUACCUAAAUUGCGAUCCGCUUAGUCUGUUUGGAUCGAUGCAACAACGACAGCGAUUGAAAAAUUUGGAACGAUUCACCCAGAAUCCGGCGGCUCUCCUGAUUGCAACGGAUGUCGCAGCCCGUGGUCUGGAUAUUCCGAAUGUCGAUCAUGUAAUUCACUAUCAGGUGCCCAAAACAACUGAAAACUAUGUUCAUCGUUCGGGAAGAACGGCUCGUGCCUCUAAGGAAGGUAUCACAGUCUUAUUUAUCGGCGCUGAUGAAGUGAAGGACUAUGUCAAGCUCAAUCAAUCCCUUGGUAGAACGGAAGACUUGCCAAUGUAUCCGACAUCAGAAAGAAUGAUGAAGCAGAUCAGGCAGCGGGUCAGCCUGGCGAGGGACAUUGAACGGAUGGAUCUGCAUCAAAGGAGGAACAACGAGAGCCGAAAUUGGGAGGAUAAAGUGGCAAAAGAGUUUAUGAGUGAUUCCGAUUUGGACAGCGAACAGGAAGAAGAACUCAAACUGUCAAAAGGUAGAGAAAAGCGGCAAAUGAAGGCUCGGCGGCUUGAGUUGAGUCGUCUGCUUGCCACACCAAUCAUAAUGGAUCGGGUAGAAAUGAAGUUUCCUACUUUAGACUCAGUUGACCUUCCUGCAGAAAAAGAACAGUCAGCUAUAAAGCUGGUCAGGCAGGUGGUACAGGAGAACAUCGAGUUUAAAAAGCAAAGAAACAAGAAAAGGAAAAGGAAUAACUAAUUCAGUUUCUGUUGAUUAUUAGAAAUACAUAUAUUAUAAAUUAAG